CUUGCAGUUCCACGUCCGGCCAUGCGAGGACAGCACGACCCCAAUCCAGCCGCUGCACCGGAGGAAGCAAACCGAAACUGCUCAAUGAGUUCACCUUCAGAUAAAUAGUUUGCCCGUUUACCCUCUGAACAUCUAGUUCGGUCGUUUGGUGGUCGGGCGAAAUGAAUGGCGCGCUGCAUUCCUCGCCCGGCGUGGCGGACAUACAGCUGAAGCGAGGCCCGGCAGGCCUUGGCUUCAAUAUUGUCGGGGGCAUGGAUCAGCAGUACGUUGUAAACGACAACGGCAUAUACGUGUCUAAAAUAAAGGACGAUGGAGCUGCAGCGUUGGAUGGAAGACUCCAAGAGGGCGACAAGAUCCUGGCGAUCAAUGGAAUGAAGCUUGAAGAUCUGACGCAUCGAGCUGCAGUGGAGCUGUUCAGGACAGCAGGGGAGGAUGUAAAGCUUCGUGUCCUGAAAAAGUCAUCCUGUCACACGAACGGACCCACAGGCACGCAGCCCGAGCACCCAUCAUCUUUCUCCUUACUGGGAACGCUGUCUGUUUUAGCAGGAGCUGCUGCCAUCAUCUCUUUAAUUUACAUGCGGCAAAUCAGGAAACACUAAACCUAGUGCACGUGUAUGUUUAUAUUAUUUUUUUAGAUCAAAAACUUUGCUCAAGGCCAAAGAAGAAUGAACUAGACAUUUAUUUUUUGGAUUAGAAUAAACUGGCGCCACUGAGUUUCUCUAAGCUUUGUGAUGCCCUCGCUAUGCAAAUACUUGGUUAUUUAUCACAGACAUUACUUUAAUAGGUGACUCUCUGAUGAUAAGAAGAAGAAUGUACUCAUGACAUUCCUUCUGCUGGGCUGAGCUCAUGCAGAGACAAACGGUUAAGUGCAGAUAACUAUGAAAUAGUUUAAGUUGAGGUAGAGGCAGGUCAACUCAAGCUCCAGCGUCCUUUUACAAGCUGGUGUUGGAUUCAGUCCCAUGUUGAUCUCUCUGCACUCCCAUCACUGAAUGGGUGUCGUGAAGAACUCAUUCCUGCGCUUUCAGUUUCUGCUCAGUGUUCUUGCGACUCGGUUUGAUUUCAUGGGAGGAGAGGCAUCCUGCUGUGCUGCUCAGAUUGAGCCGUGUGGCUGUAAGAAGCUGCUUUGUUUUGUUGUUGUUUUUUUUUUUAAGGUGAUUAGUAGUUUCUCAUAAUUCCCAAGUAAUGGUGGUAUUCGGCUUGGUGUCCUUUUAACUGUAUCAAUUAAAGCCAACAAAUAAAAGGAUAUGACUGCCCUGGGUUCACCGUCCAACUGUAUCAUGCAAAUGCUUAAGUCAAAUGUUUAAUUUGAGAUUUAAUUAUUUUGAGUUGUAACAGCUGGUAAAUGAUGUGUAUUAGGCUCAGUAUGAAUGUUGGAAAAUGGUGGAAUGAAGGAAAGACCAAAAACGGCUCCAGCCAAUUCCUUUACGCUUCCAGAGCAGAUGCGUCUGUAAAGUUUUAGUGCUGGGAGUAUUUUUCAAUGUCUGUCUGUUCAGUAAUUUGUUUUCUGAAGGUUGUCUGUAAAUGCAUUUCAUGCCAAGGUGUUGAGUGGCAUUGUGAAUAUGUUCAGCAUGCCAAAAGUCUAGAUCAUUCUCACUAAUAAAUUAUAACGAUACUGUUUGACAUCCAAGCAAGAAAUUCAUGCUGUUUUUCCAUUUAAAAAAACAUGUAAAAAAAUGCAAGAAAUAGAUUGAUUAAUUUAUAAACUGUCAUUUUCCUGCUUACCUCUUGAUAUAUGCAAGCCUUGGCAACAGAAAUAUGUAUUAUUGUUAAAAGUGUGUCUUGUAAAGAUCAAACGAUGAAUAGGCAAAGCGUGACAGCCCAAAGUGGCCACAGGCCCUAAUGUUGUCAGUUUCCUUUCACAAUAAAAGUCGGAACCAAG